AUGACAGUACACCACCAGUCACCCGCGCCGGCGUCAUCGCUGCAGCCAACGCAGCAACCGCCGCCGUUGUCGUCCUUGUCGUCGUCCUUGUCGUCGUCGCCAAUGUCAGCCGCACCUCCAAGCACAGCAUCUCUCUCAGUAUUAGCGCCAUUGCAACCCCCAUUGCCACAGUCGACCGCCGAUCGUCAGCAUGAGGCGAGCUUGAUCAAGUGGUUUUUGCAGCUUGCGCCAGACCAGCGCGCUGUCGCCCUCACUACUCAAAGUACGGAUAUUGUCCAAGCUUUGUGUGAAAUGCACUUUAUUAAGGCACGGAAAGGCGAUGGAACGUUCAGCAGCGUUGAAGGAACGGUGGGCAUGUCUGUCGGCCCUUCGUCCGCCUCGCCUUCGGCGGCAAGUUCGCAAAAGCAUCAUCACGCACACCACACUGCGCAUCACCACCACCAUCACCAUCACCAUCAUCACUCUGCGGCGGGCGAGCAGCUUUUUUCACAACGACUCUGCCUCCGGCUCUGCGGCACCCGCGCUCGGAAGCGGCCUGUCCGCGUCCCCGUUGACUGGAUCGCCUGCUUUGCGGACAUCGCAUCUUCAACGGCGGAGUAG